ACCCCCCAUCUGGGUCCGUCUCUUCGUGCGCGUUGCGCCAUCUCCCGCUGCCGUGGCUGCGGCUGCACCGCUGGAGCAGGAGGAGGCGGAGGGGGGAAGCACCGUGGAAAACGUUGCCCGCCCGCCCGCGCUGCCGGCGCCGCCGCCUCAUGCCGUGGCGCCGUCCUGCCGCCGGCCCGGGGACCUGCAUGGCCGGGCAUGGGGAGCGCUGUGCCCUCCCGCACCCCCAGGGCUGUGGCGCCGCUCGCCGCUCUGCGGCGGCUGCUCGCCGCACUGGGGCUACUGCUGCUGGGCGCAGGUACCGGGAGUGUGGGGCUGGGAGGGACCGGAGCGCAGCCGUGUGCGCGCAGACGCGAGGAGCUGGCGGGUCCUUUGCCUUCCGGUAGAGCCUUUCGUGAGGAGGGAUUCGCGAGUUGGGCCUGUGUAGUGCAGAGGAGAGAAGGCUGAGAGGGGAUCUCGUUAAUGCGUAUAAAUAUCUCUAUCCGAGAGGAUGGUGCCAGAUUCCUUCAUUGGUGCCGAGCGACAGUAAGAGGAACGAUGGCUAUAAACUGAAACACAAAAAGCUUCACCUCAGCAUGAGGAAGAACUUUGUAUUAAGUUUGUAUUAAGAGCACUGGAACAGGCAGGCUAGCAGGGAGGUCAUGGAGUUUCCCUCUCUCGAGACAGUCACACUCUACCUGGACACGUUCCUGUGUCUCCUGGUCCAAGUGAUCAUGCCUUGGCAGGGGGAUUGGACUUAGUGAUCCCCAGAGGUCCCUUCCUGCUCUAAAAAUUCUGUGAUUCUAUGAUUUAUUUGACUGCUUGAUAACUUGACAGACUUGCUCAGCUAGCCUGAUUUAUUUGUGAUUAAAAUAAUAUUAUGAAUGCAACUGAAGGGAAGUAAAAAUUUUGAUGCUUUGAAAGUCUGGCUCUAAACCCAAUAUUCCCUCUGGCAUUUUGCUUGGCAUGGGUCUUUUUUGUGUAUCUGAAAGCACAGGAGUUGAUUGUUGUUAGGAGUUUUUUUCUGUAUUCUGCAAAGGUAUGUAUGCCUUGCACAAAGAAAUUUUCAGCUUACCUACACGAGUCAUGGUCGUGCUUAGCUGUAGGUGAGGAAUUCCUCAUUCUGUUGUGUGUUGUCUUGGGAUUUUGACAGAUUUGUGUUAGCUACUCAUCACUGGCAAAACCUAUUGCCCUUAUAAAUUCAUGGUUUGGAUAUUGAGAGUAAGUCCUGUGAAUACUGACUCAGGAAGGUCAGCUAAGGGGCAGGCAAAGAAAUUGCUGAUAUCCUCUCAUCACUGGGUGCACUGCAGAAAAUAGCUAUUUAAAAAUGAAAAAUGUUGUUAUUCAGCCUAUUUUCCACUUCUCACAGUUCAGGAGUUUCUCGUAUAUUUCAUUUUUUGGGUUUAUUUUAACUCUUCCAUGUGUCUUUGUGGCAUCCAAAACCCACUUCAUGACAGUGAGAAAUUUUAGAUAAAUGUUCCACAGAUAAAUUUUAGUAGAUAGUUUUGCAGGCUUGGACAGCUGUUGCAUGUAGUUGUGCACCUAUUCUUUAUGAAGGUCCAUUUUCUCUUUGGAUGGCAGGAAGUGUGAUCUCUCCUAGACUGGGGGGGUCCUCCUGGUUUUAACUUGUGUGAAAAGUGUGGCUCUGUUGCCCUUAGUGUGUCUUGUUUAUUUAAUUUUUGCUCCUGAUAAGUUCUUUGGUAUAAGUUGCCUUCAGAAAGCUGUUGUUAACUGUCAUGAGAAUCUGGAAAGAUUUCACAUCAUACCUCUGAGAACUGUGGAGGAGACAACUGUGAAACAUCGGUUUGCUUGCAAGGAUGUUAACUGCUUUUUUAUGGAAAUCAGGUGACUGUGAGCUGCACACAUCUUGUGGAAUCCAGAAGUGCACCACUGAUUUUGUAUCCUUUACUUCACAUCUAAACACAGCUCUUGAGGACUUUGAUUUGGAGUUCUGCAAGGCCCUGCGGGCAUACUCUGUGUGUACCUAUCGCAAUUCCAAAGCAUGCCGUGGAAACCUAGUCUACCAUUCUGCAGUGCUUGGGAUCGGUGAUCUCAUGACCCAGAGAAACUGUACCAAAAAUGGACCCACAUCCUCCACCAACUCUGAAAUGACCCAUGAUCCUUGCAAUUACAGUGGCCACACAGAAGUGAGAGAACAUCAGGGGGGAGAGAAGACACCUCCUCCUACUUACCUGUUCUGUGGCUUGUUUGGGGAUCCUCAUCUGAGGACUUUUAAGGAUCACUUCCAGACAUGCAAAGUGGAAGGUGCUUGGCCCCUCAUAGACAAUAAAUACUUAUCAGUGCAAGUGACCAAUGUGCCUGUGGUCCCAGGAUCCAGCGCUACUGCUACAAACAAGAUAACUAUUAUUUUCAAAUCAUACCAAGACUGUACAGAUCAGAAAGUAUAUCAGGCAAUGACUAAUGACUUGCCUGCAGCUUUUGUUGAUGGUACAGUAAGUGGAGGAGAUGAGAACACCAGGAGCUUGCACAUUGUGGAGAAAGUCAGUGGCAAAUAUAUUGAGAUGCAUGCAAGGUACAUUGGGACCACGGUGUAUAUCCACCAACUUGGGCACUACCUGACCCUGGCCAUUCGCAUGCCCCAGGAGUUGGUCAUGGCGUUUGAGGAGAGCCAGGAUCUGCAGCUGUGUGUGAAUGGCUGCCCUUCCAGUGAACGUAUUGAUCAGAGUGGCCACUUGCCAUUGCCUGUGGUGGGAAAGCUGCUUCCUUGGGGUGCUGCGUCUCAUCCCCGAUCAGGGUACACACUGGAAACAGCCACCACCAAAUGCCAUGAGAAGAUGGUUGUGAAGGACAUCUAUUUUUACUCAUGUGUAUUUGAUCUACUCACUACUGGCGAUGCCAACUUCACAGCUGCUGCUCACAGUGCCUUGCAGGAUGUGGAGGCACUGCACCCCAGCAAAGAGCACUGGCAUAUCUUUCCCAGGAGUGGAGUUGAUGGUGUGGGCAGGGAUAGCAAAUUAUUUGUCAUUCUUGGACUUCUGUGCUUGAUUCUUGUUGCAUAUUUGUACAAUUUUUUUUUUUUAGACUCUUAACAAAAUUCUGAAAUAUAUGUUGUCAUAAUAUAUUGAGUAAAGAGGAAUAUAUAUGUAUGAACCAUGUAUAUGAAGGGUUUUGACUUGGGGCAUCAAUCAGAUAGGAUGUUAACUGUUUUCAUGUAUGUUUGAUUCAGUAUUCUAUGUAUCUAUUUGUUUUGCAGUUGUUGGAAAGUUUUAUAGUGUCGCUACAUUGAGACCUGAUAAAAAGCACUUUAUUUUUUACACAUUAGAUAUGCAAGUGUGUAUCUCAGUAACUAAAAUCUUUACAUUAAAUCCUCAGUGCUCUCUCUUCUCUAAGUAGUACUUGGUUUAACACAUUUUUUUAAACAGAAUUAAGUUGUGGGUUUUCCCAAGAGACCUUUAGUUAAUGCCAAACAUGUAUAUUUUGAAGGUAGUGAACGGUCUCCGGAGAGAGCUUUAACUUAGAGAACUUCAAGGGAGCACCUUUUUUUUUUUUUUUUUUUUUUUCCUCAACAGGCCCUCCAAUUGUCUGUAUUCUAGAAGGCUACAGAUUUAUGAAUUUUUCAUGCUUGGAAACGCCACAAUGUAUCAAUCUUUGCAAAAUGUUGUAGGUGUGGUUCAUUAGUAUACCAGUAAGUAUUUGUGUGUGUGUAAAAGAGUGGCUGUUCAGUGCGUAAAUAUUUUAAAUUAUUAUAAUAGAAGAACACUUGUCGUGUCCUGUCCCCGCCCCUGAUGAGGAACAUCAGUAAGGUGGUAUAAGUGACCCCUGGUGGGGUGCACAGAAAUUAAGAGAUAUAGACCAUGUACUGUGUGUGUAAUCUAUAAAUAGAUUCUCAGUUUGCCUCCUAGCCAAAUAGGAUAGAUAGGAUAUUGGAUAGUUACCUGCUGGAUACAGUUGUUAUACUUCUUGCUUGUUUCUCUCUGCUGUCGAAGGUGUGUAAAUUUAUGACCAGCAGCUGCAAACCAGGCCAGUUUAUUGAAAAAGAUAAGUUUAUUGAAAGAGAUGAGGAAACUAAGAUAAGGAACCAUUCCCUCAGCAACUCAGUUGUACAGUUCCUUUUUAGUGUUUGCAGAGAUACUUACAAGAAUUACAACACAGGGAUCUGUGUUACUGCUACAUCUCUCCUGAGAGACUUUACAAAAAUCCUAUUUUCAAGUUACCGCAGAACUCUCAGAGUAGAAGAGCCCUGGAACAAAAAAUUACUUUCUGUAAAACUAAAGAAGAGGUGGGAAAAUUUGAAUAAAUGAUACAGAAAAGUCCGUGAGAUUACAGAACUUAGUGUAACAAGAUGAUCUGCUAAAUAUAUAUGGAGUAUUUCAGCUGCAAGGCUAAUCAGACAGUGUGAAGGUUAAUUGAAAGUGCCAAAACUUACAAGAAGUUAUGUCAGAUACAUGCAAAGAAAUACAGACCUAAUAAACCUAAUCACAACUGUCAAUGUUGCUUCACUAAGCUUGGAAGUUGAGGUGUGUGAGAAAUAAUCUUAUCUGGAAGAUGUAUGUAUCAGUGAAGUGAGUUGUGGAAAUUGCCGUCGAAGGCAAAAGGAGCUUUAAAUAUGUAUAUGUUUACUGUACACAGAAGGCAGCUGUCAUACGUGUAGGAACUCAGAGGUGUCAGUCUAACACCACAAGCUCUGUAGAAGGCUCUAUAAUGUGAUCAUCGGUAUUUUAAUGCAACAACCAGUCAGCCAUUACUGAUGCUAUCUGUUUGCUGGCCUUUGUCUUAAGCUACCCUUGGAUAUUAGUAGCUUACUCAAAAGGGUUUUUUAAGUGUCUUCUAGAACACUCCUAACCAUAUGCUAACAGAGCUUCUAACAACAGGUGAUUAUAGGUCUCUGUAGUUGUGGAGUCUGACAACUUCCUUAGUAAGCAUGUUGCAGGACUGACAGAGACUGUAGGCCUAAUCCUUUUUUUUGGGUGUACAGAAUGCUCCUAAACAAGGGUAUUAUAAAAAGAAAUAGUAGGGUCAAUUGCCUGUCAAACCAAUAAUUCUUUUUUUCUUCCUGGAAAGCCUGUCUGGAAGAAAAAUGUGCGUAGAGCAUCUGUUUAGUGGAAUACAACUGGAUAGUACAACCUUUUGUUCUUAUGGGUCAAGUUACAGACCUUCAGUGUUGCAUUUCCUUUCAGAUAACUGCUGUACUGACAGAAAAUAGAAUACCAAUUAUUUACAUUCGCCUACUUUAUCAUUAUGACUACCCUGCGUUUGUUUUAUGAGUUUUGAGGCUGUGCAUCUGUUUACUUAUAUAUACUCAAAAGUGAAGCAAGCCAUUCUGCAAGCUUUGUACUACCUAUUGAGAGUUUCAUUAGUGGACAUGUUUUGGAAAAAAGCCUAGGAGCAUUAUGGCUUUCUUCUCUUCUGAGAAGAGAGACACAGCACAGUUUAAAAUCUUGCAUUCAUUUUCUUCAUGUAGGUUCAGCUAUUGUCUUUUACACUGAAAUUUUCAAGCUUUGAUUAUUUAAUGCCCAUCUAUGUCUUGACUGGUAUAACUUCUUUCCUGUCUUUCCCUGUUCCAGCUAUACAAUAUCCAAACAGGACUAGUAACAAUUCCCUUUUUUUAGCAGGUAUUCUGUGUUUUUUACAAGGUAAGCAUUCUUUGUAUUGUGCUGCUAGUACUCUUGAACUGUGUUCAAAGCAAACAGGGAUUGUGGGGAUCAGUGUUGUCCAUUAGAUUUUAUAGUUCUCAUUAAUCACCUUGUUAUGGAGAGCAACAUAGCUACAGAUUGGGUACAAGUAUCUGGGUAAAUUUGUGAUGCUGAUGUAAAACAGUUGCAUCUGAUCUGAUUCAGAAUUCUUUAUGUUUGUAACUGAACUUUGUUGACAUUAAAAGCUGCUAUUACUAAA